AAUGAAAUACUUGAGUCGAGUCGGUCAGGUUGUGUCAAACGUGUCCGAGUGCUCAGCAGAGAUGGACGUGAGUCUCCUAACUCUGGCCGCGGUCGUGGCCAUUCUGGCUUUGAUCUAUCGUCGCGUGACCCGCGAUAAUGACUAUUUCCACGACAAACCGAUCCCCUCGAUGCCGGUUCGAUUCUGGUUCGGAAGCACGGCGCCGCUUUUGACCAAAAAGUACUCCUUCAACGAUUUCAUCAAGCUGAUCUACGACAAAUACCAGGGAGUAAAAGUAUUCGGCUUGCACGACACCGGUACCCGGAUCUUUGCCCUCCGUGAUCCGGAGUUGAUCAAGAAGAUUGCCGUCAAAGAUUUCGACCAUUUUGUGGACCGAAGACCGGUGUUUGGGGAUGCCAAGAACGACAGUCCCAAGGUGCUGUUCAGCAAGACUCUGGUCAGCCUCACGGACCAGAAGUGGAGAGAUAUGCGGGCUACGCUGAGUCCGGCCUUCACCGGAAGCAAAAUGCGGGCUAUGUUCGAUCUGAUUGUACAAUACAACGACAAGUUGAUUCCGAUCCUAAAACAGAAGGCGGCAUCGUCCGGACACGUCGACUUCGAAAUGAAGGACUUUUUCACGCGUAUUGCAAACGAUAUCAUUGCGACCUGUGCCUUCGGCUUACAGGUUGAGUCCGUGAAAAGCGAUAACGAGUUCUAUCUGAUGGGCAAGAAGAUGAUGAACUUCAACCGGUUCAUUGUUUUGGUUCGUGUUUUUGGAUUCCGACUGUUUCCGAAGCUGAUGGCCAAGUUGGAUAUCGACAUCGUUGACGCAGAGCAAAACGAAUACUUUACGAAAAUCAUCAACGAGGCCGUACGAACACGCGACGCACAUGGCAUCGUGAGACCGGACAUGAUCCACCUGUUGAUGCAAGCGAGAAAGGGAAACCUCAAACAUCACCAGGAAACCGGUGAACCAGAGGUCGGAUUCGCUACGGUCGAGGAAUCGCAAGUCGGCAAAGUGGCUACGGGUAAAACCAUGACCGAUUCCGAGUUCAUUGCGCAGUGUCUGAUCUUCUUCCUCGCCGGCUUCGACACCGUAUCCACCGUUAUGAUGUUCCUGGCCUACGAACUUGCUCUCAACCAAGACAUCCAGCAGAAGGUCUUCGAAGAAAUCCAGGAAACCGACAAGGAACUAGCCGGCAAACCUCUAACCUACGACACGCUCCACAAAAUGAAAUACCUCGAUAUGGUAGUAUCCGAAGGACUCCGCAUGUGGCCAGUGGCUGCCGUCGAUCGACUCUGCGUUCGAGACUACACACUGGAUGACGGAGAAGGCCUUCGGUUCACCAUCGACAAAGGCACAGUCGUCUGGUUCCCGGUCUUCGGCAUUCAUCGGGAUCCCAAAUACUACCCGAACCCGGAAAAAUUCGAUCCGGAACGAUUCAGUGAAGCGAACAAGGCCAACAUCAACCUGGCAACGUACCUGCCGUUCGGAAUUGGCCCUCGGAACUGUAUCGGAUCCCGCUUUGCACUGAUGGAGAUCAAGGCCAUCAUGUAUGCACUGCUGCUGAGCUUCCGAAUUGAGCGCAAUGAGAAGACGCAGGUUCCAGUUCAACUGACCAAAGGUUUCGUCGGUCUAGGCGUUCAGGAUGGGAUGCACCUGCGUUUUAAGUCGAGAAGUUGAUCAAUUGUACUUUUAAGGUGGUGAAUAAACCUAGAAAUGUGGAAUAA